AUGGCAGCUACGACGAGUGCUGCCAGGAGCUUGCUGCUCUGCCUGCUGGUCGCCUUUCUCCACCGCCUCCAGUUUCAGAUCCCGCCUGUAGCAGCUGCGACGACGUCGCACAACAAAACCGAGAGCCGACGAGACGGGCGCGGGAAGACGCUCAGCUUCACGCUGUACCAGCACGAGACCAUCAACAAGACCGGCUACAUCGUGGUGGACGGCGUCGCGGGCGCGGGCGUCAGCCAGACCACCACGCCCUUCGGCACCAUCUACGUCUUCCGCGACGACCUGACGGUGCGCGCGGACAGGGCCUCCCCGGUGGCCGGCGUCGCGGAGGGGAGCUCCAUCACCACCAGCCUCGACGGGCUGCAGAGCCUGUCGCUGGCCAAGAUUACGGUCCACCACCGCGGCCACCGGGGAUCCGUCUCCGUCCUUGGCGGCACCUACAACACAAAGCCGUCCGACUACCCGGUGGUCGGUGGCACCGGCGACUUCGCGUACGCGCUGGGAUACGUCCGGUCGUCGCCGGUGGACUUGCGGGGACGGACGGUGACGUACAAGAUGGAGCUUCACUUGUACUGGCCUCCGUAUGCCCACUACGCUACGGUUCCGCGUAAAGCGUGA